UACGGUGCUUACUAAAUGGAAAGAGGGAAUAUUUCGGGCCCACUAAUGGCUCAUGAUCGCAGUAUCUAAAUGACAGGUCAUUUUUUCUCCCGGUGUCAGCAAAGGCUUUUACAAUUCCUGGAGAGAUUAAGGAGUAAGAACUAUAUUCUCCAUUUCUAGAUGCUUUUUAUAGCUUCUAUUUUUAUUUACUUCUGAUCUGUAGACUGUGAUAUUUUCCCUUUCUAUGAACUCUCAUAAAAUUACUUCGAAUGAAAAGCUGCUAACAGCUUUUCUCGCUAAGAAUGUCCUGGCUCAUUAGAAGUUUCGCAUUUUGGAGGAGGAUUAGUCAACUGGUUAUUCUAUCCAAUUUGGGCCAUAACAUCAAAAAGCCACUGAAGGUUUGAGGGAAGAACAUAUAGCGCAGAGGAUCUUUCGUCAAGACUAAAUUACGACGAUCAUUCAAAAUAAUGCAGUAUCAAUCGAAAAGUUGUAUUUUCAACUGAUUUUCCAUAUUUAAUCUAAGACAGCAAAAAAAAAAAAAAAAAAAAAAAAAAAAGAGCACGGAGCAGUAUCAAUGGGAAUGAAUAUAGCUGUCAUUCCAUCAACCAUGGCAUUUCUCAUCUUUUUCAAUAAGAAUUUAACUAGAGCCUAGGAAUAUAUAAAAAAGAACAUUUCUAUUAUUCACUGGACACUAUUCAAUACGAUUUACUAAGACACUUGCAUGAUUUUGUAGCUUUAUAUUUUAAAUUAGGGUUUUCAAAGGUACAAGGGCGCAGUAAGGCACAAGUUGGAAAAGCAAUAACAUAAUGAUUCACUCUACUUCUUUAGUUCAUAAGGCUCUCGCCCACAAAAGCACGUUUGGACGAAUUGAGCCACACUCACAUCGAGGAACAUCACUAAAUACUACGGCACGAUGUGACAAGCGGUGAACUAAGUAUAACAGAACAGAAGGCAGACAGGCAGGAAGAACAACGAAACUUUCUAUAUGAAAAAUGAAAAUGUCUUAUUUUUCUAAAACUAACAGGGAUGAAUCAAUUACUUGAAUGCAAGUAAGAAUGCUCAUGAACAACUUUUGCCUUGUUCUUCCCUUUGCCGACAAUGAAAUGUCGGAAAGUCUUGAAUCAUCUAUGAGGAGAACCUAUGAAGAAGGGUGUUGUACACCGUCAGGUCGGUAGGAUCAUUAUCCAGCGAUGGUCACACCGCCAGUGUCGCGCCGAGCUUCAUGGAAGCAGCUUGCAUAUCAUUCGCUUCUCCACAUAUGAUUGAAUUAAUUAAUAAGGGUGAUCGCAAGUUUAUUCUUUUGAUACUGUGACUAACUGGUUAUCUGUGUCUAAUUCCUCUUGAGUUCUUGCGGGAGAUACUUCAAGUGCAUUCUCUUUUUCGAAAUCUAAAGUACAUGAACUGUUAUUUAUAUAAAUUCAUGUUAGUAUUUUUGCGCAUGAAUAUCUUUUAUGCGCUUGUUAAUCACUCUCUAAACCAGUUUGCAACAUUUUACAGGCAAAGUCUCGGAUCCAUUUAAAAGAAAUUUUAUUCUACAAUAAUAUCAGGGAACUGUGAAGAAGAGAUUAUCCAAAUUCACUCGGAGUUAUACACUGAAAUGGAAAACAAUGACGCCCGGGAUUUACAUUCCAUAGUGCAACCGUUAUAAAAAUGCGCCUCAUCAACUGUGCAAUGCUGCUUUGGCUCAGUGGAGCGUCUGUGUACGGUGGGAGAGAUGAAAGAAAGGGCUUGGAAGUCUCCCUCGCCUUGUCUUUUGCAGAGUUCUAUAAUUUCCAGCACAUAUCCAUCGUCACUGACGAAUCAAAACUGGGACGAGGCCACAACCAAGGACAUAGCAUCUGGACAGCGAGGUUUUUAAGCCAAGUAAGGACGGCCUACGUGUCCGUGAUCCCUAUGCAGAAUAGCCUGCAGAAAAACAACGGGUCAACGGAUAUUAUGGAGCACACUCAUCCCGGUGAAUCUCCAGCUCUUUGGCUGCGAAGCCUCUACCAUAGUCACCUUAUCGUGCAUGAAUUCUAUACCGCAGAACAACUCCACACGUUUCAAAAGCUCUUCAAAGGAAACGAAGCCAGAGGUGACUGGCUUUUACUGUCUGACGAGACCUUUCGAGACCGCCUGCGGGAAGUUUAUCUGCCUUUGAACAGCAGAGUGAAUGUAGCCACGCUCAAUACAGAGGAUGGUGGAUCUGCAGUUUUGUGGGAAGCCUACCACGUGUCCCCGAACUUCGACUUGAAAGUAAUGAGGCUAGGACACUGGGUCCACAGAAGACCAGGGGACCUUCCCGUACCAAAAGGGGUCGCUCUCGAGUUUUUUGCUGACCUUCAGAAAGACUCGAAUACCAUGGGGCUUGCCCCAAGGUACGCUGAAUCACGACAUGGGUAUAUGUAUGCGAUGGUAGGCGAUGCCUUCAGCAGACGUACGGACUUGAUGGGACUGCAUCUCCGUUGCACAACUCUUCAGGAAGAACCAUUCAUUGUGCUAGUUCGCGAAAAAGAUGGCAGUCAACGAGUAUCGGGGAUCGUCGGAUCAAUUUUCACACACCUGCAAGCAAUCAUGAACUUUACUUCGACUUGCUACGAGGUAGAAGAUGGAGCUUACGGGUCCCUGGUGGACGGCCAAUGGAAUGGAUUAAUCGGCGAGGUCUACAACGACGAGGCGGACAUCGCUGUGGCCUCAAUUGAUGUCACAAAAAAGCGGAGCUCGGCCGUGGAUUUCCCUAUUGGGGUCGGAUAUUCUAAGUAUAUCAUGUACAUGAAACGACCCUCGAACAGCGACUACAUGUGGAGAGCUUACACGAAGCAGUUCUCCCUCUUGGUGUGGAUCGUCACUGCGGUGUUCAUCCUCUUGGUCACUAUCCUCUUUUACCUGCACCUGAAAAUAUCUCAUUUCCCCUCUCCCCUCGUCUUCUCCGAAGCUUCCUUCACCAUCAUCGGGUUCAUCCUCGGACAAGGUACUUCGAUUCCCCUAGAACGAACAGCCAUCCGCUUAAUCGCUCUGACGACAUUGAUGACUCAAGUUCUCCUUCUUGUCCACUACACAAGUGAUCUGAUGUCUGGACUAACGGCUGGUCCCCCACUCCCUCGGGUUUCGAACCUACUUGAUGUAGCCUCGAGCUCUGACCUCCAGCUAGGGUACUUAAAGCAUAUCUCCAUCGAUGAAUAUCUGAGGGAUUCAACGAUUGACGCCUACAGGAAAAUCUGGGAGGGCAUCCACGAAAGAAAACUGGUCGACCUGGCUUCUACCAACGAAGAUGGCUUCAGGCGGGUCUUGGACAACAAAAACUACGUUUACAUGACAGCUGACAAAGCUUUCCUCUACCGUUACAGUCAGGAGUGUCGGGUCUAUCUCUUGCCCAACGCCAACUUCCCCACACAGUUCACCGUCGCCCUAAAGAAGUCGUCUCCGCUCACGCCUGUCUUUCAGAAGGUGUUACUGAGGAUGCUUUCGUCUGGUUUAAUAGACAAAUGGGAGCGUGAUUUUACUCCUACACUGGCCGACUGUAAUACCCUGGAGACUUCAGCCAUCGAACUUCCAGCAAUAUCAGUGCCCCUGCUACUCCUUUGCAUGGGUAUGGUGACCUCUCUGGUCAUACUAGCUUCGGAAAUCAUCGUGCACAAGAUAAAAUCGUCAGGGUCAUGAAAAUAAAAGCUGCAGUUUGGUUUCUUGGAUUUUUCGAACAGAGAUUCUAACAAGUAACAAAUCUGUUGAUCUUGGAUACGACAAAAGCAGUACAUAAAACCACAACUCGUGAGAUUUUUUUAAAUAUUUACAUCAUUCGUUUUGCUUCUUAAAAUUAUACUGGUGAAAUAAAAAGUAUUUGUAAAACUAAAAAUAUUCUGAUGUUAUUCAGAUGUGAAGAUGGAACUAAGAAGAGAUAAUUAGUAGAUACGUAAGAGUGUAUAUGAUAAAAGUAUGAUCUGAAAAAUUAUCACACUCAUAGAGGCAAAUUUUUUUUUAUUCAUAGCUCUUAAUAGACUCUACAAUAAAUCGACGUAGUCACAUUAAGCGAAUGUCAUUACAGAUUAUUUUCUAACAUUGCUAUCUUCGUUACAAUAAGCUUUAUCCGCUUCUUCAGUUGAUAGAUACUAAGACCUUUCACCAAAAGAGGGACCUUUAACAAUACUAUGAGGUUUGAUCUCUAGAAAUAUAUGUAUGUGCACAGUUACGCAAAAAGGUACACAAAUACUCAAACACGUAAA